AUAGUGAACCAUAUUUUUAAAUUAAUAAAGAUGAUUAUUGCUAUUUUUAAAGUAAAUUAAAUGAGAUAUCAGUUAAUUAAAUGAACCUUAAAAUGUACCCUAAGUGCACAUGUUACCGGAACCCUUAUAACUACUUUCAUUUCAAUACACUUGGUUAUAUUCACCUAGUUUUAUAUUUAGCACAUGUUCGAAUUUUGCUUGCAGAAGAAAUGAGAGCAUUGAAAAACAAACUCAAAUCAUUUGAUUCAUACUUUCUCUCACAAUCUCAUCAUCUUUUGCAUCUUUCUACAUCAUCCUCCAAUUCAUCAAAACUUUCACACUCUCACAAAGCAAAAACAACACAACAACAACCACUUUCCAACUCAGACACUGAAGAACCUUCACGUGCACUUUUCAACGAAAUCACCCAGAUUUUAGGGGCUGGUACUGUAAUGCAUGAUCAUUCCCCAUCUGGGUUUUUGUUUCCACUCGAAAAUCGCGAUACCCAACUUGGUUUUAAGGAAGAACAUGAUUGCACCGAACCUGUUUGUGAAAAUGCCUCAGAGUGUGUAGUACUUGAUAAAGACGAUAAAUUUCCCGUUUUGGAAGAUACCCAGUUGAUUAAACUGGGAGAAGAAGAUAUGUGUCGAAUGGUGGGUGAUAUUACAGAGAUAAUUCGAGCAGAAAGUGGUUCUAUUUCUGUGGAAGAGCGGUUAGAAAAUAUGGGUUAUUGUGAAUUGAAUGUUGAGGUUUUUGACAGAGUGUUGAAAAGGUGUUUCAAAAUGCCGCGUUUGGCUUAUAGGGUUUUCAAUUGGUUGAAGCUAAAGGAUGGUUUUCGUCACACGACACAGACUUAUAAUACCAUGUUGCGCCUUGCUGGAGAAGCUAAGGAGUUUGGGUUGGUGAAGAAGUUGGUGGAGGAAAUGGAUGAGUGUGGAGUUCAAAAGGAUGUAAUUACAUGGACCAUUCUUUUAUCGCUGUAUGGGAAGGCUAAGAAAAUCAGUGAAGCUUUGUUGGCUUUUGAAAAUAUGCAAAAGUGUGGCUGUGAACCUGAUGCAGUUUCGUAUAGAACGGUCAUUCGUUUGCUUUGCAGUUCGGGUAAGGGUGAUAUUGCUAUGGAGUUCUAUAAGGACAUGGUCAAGAAGGACAUUAUCCUUGAUGAUGUAAGGUUGUUUAAGAUGCUUAUGAACUGUAUGGCAGAAUCAGGAGAUGUUGCAGCUGUUAGUUUGCUUGGAAAUGACAUGACGCGGUUGUGUCUGAUGCCGGAAAGCAGUGUUCUUGGAUGUAUGCUCAAGAGCUUUUGUAUUUCUGGAAGGAUUAAAGAGGCCUUGGAAUUGAUUCGUGACCUCAAAUAUAAAAACGUAGUUCUUGAAUCUGAAUAUUUUGAGACCUUGGUGAGAGGACUGUGUAAAGCAGGCAGGAUUUCAGAUGCUUUAGAGAUUGUUGAAAUUAUGAAGAGAAGGGACAUUGUUGAUGGGAACAUUCAUGGGGUUAUCAUAAAUGGGUAUUUACGGAGAAAUAAUGUUUGCAUGGCACUUGAUGCGUUUCAAAGCAUGAAAGAAUCGGGUUAUGUGCCUACGGUCUCCACAUAUACAGAACUGAUACAGCAUCUCUUUAGGUUGAGUAAGUAUGAAGAAGCUUGCAUGCUGUAUGAUGAGAUGCUCGGAAAAGGAAUUAAACCAGAUAUUGUGGCUAUAACAGCCAUGGUUGCAGGUCAUGUUUCACAAAAUCGUAUAUCUGAAGCAUGGAAAUUUUUUAAGAUUAUGGAAUGCCAAGGCAUCAAGCCUACGUGGAAAGCGUAUUCAGUAUUUAUUAAGGAGCUUUGCAAGGCUUCAAGGACUGAUGACAUUGUUAAAGCAUUGUAUGAAAUGCAGGCUUUAAAGAUUGUAAUCAAAGAUGAAGUAUUCAACUGGGUUAUAACUUACAUGGAGAAGAAGGGGGAGCUUGCUUUAAAAGAGAAAGUCGAGCAGAUGCAUACAGCGUCUAAACUUGUUCCUGAACAUUUCAAGGAGUCUGAAAAACAAGUGUUGUUGAGGAACGAGGUGGAAGAAGAUAAGGGAAUUUGCCAAUCAAAGUCAGAGACGGUAGACUGCUCAUUAUGGCAUCCAAUUCUUAAGACUUACAGCGAGCAAGAUGUUCGCGAUGUCUGUAAGAUUAUUUCAUCCUCUCUAGAUUGGUCUUCAAUCCAAGAAAAAUUGGAGAAAAGUAACAUUGAGUUCACUCCAGAAUUUGUUAUGGAGAUAUUGCAAAUCUGCAGUAUUCAUGGCUACACAGUGCUGAAUUUUUUUACAUGGGUGGGAAAGCAACCAGGCUACAGACACACCACAGAAUCAUACAACAUUGCAAUCAAAAUUGCAGGGUGCGGGAAAGAUUUCAAACACAUGCGAAGCCUGUUCUAUGAAAUGAGAAGAAACAAUUAUCCGAUAACAUCAGAAACAUGGACAAUCAUGAUAAUGCUUUACGGACGUACAGGUCUGACGGAGAUGGCCAUGAAUUGUUUCAAUGAGAUGAAAGCUGAUGGUUAUAGCCCAAGUAGGAGUACAUACAAGUAUUUGAUCCUCGCCUUAUGUGGGAGAAAAGGAAGGAAAGUUGAUGAUGCUCUCAGAACAUAUAGCAAGAUGAUUAGUUCGGGACAUGUUCCUGACAAAGAAUUGAUUGAAACCUAUAUUGGUUGUUUAUGUGAAAUGGGUAGGAUCUUAGAAGCUAGGAAAUUCAUAGAUUCUCUCGAAAAAUUUGGAUAUACAAUUCCUCUUAGCUACUCCUUGUUUAUAAGGGCUCUUUGUAGAGCUAGAAAAGUGGAAGAAGCAUUGGCUUUAAUUGAAGAUAUUGGAACAGAGAAAUCAAGUGUAGAAAAGCUAACUUGUGGAAGUAUUGUACAUGGUUUAUUACAAAAGGGUAAAUUAGAAGAAGCAUUAACCAAAGUGAAUGCAAUGAAACAAGAGGGAAUAACACCUACAAUCCAUGUUUACACAUCAUUACUAGUUCAUUUCUUUAAAGAGAAACAGGUAGAAAAAGCUAUCGAGACUUAUGAGGAAAUGCAACAAUCAGGUUAUCAACCAAAUGUUGUUACAUAUUCAGCCCUUAUACGCGGGUACAUGAACGUGGGGAGGCAUAAUGAUGCGUGGAACGUGUUCUACCGUAUGAAAUUUAAAGGGCCAUUUCCUGACUUUAAAACAUAUUCUAUGUUCCUGUCUUGUCUAUGCAAAGUUGGGAAAUCUGAAGAAGCAAUGAGACUUAUUUCUGAUAUGUUGGAGAGUGGGAUUGUUCCUAGUACUAUUAACUUUAGAACAGUUUUUUAUGGGCUUAAUAGAGAAGGGAAACAAGGUUUAGCACGUGUUGUGUUACAACAGAAAUCAGAACUUAUUAGAAAGCGCAAGCUCAUAACUUGAUUUCUUUUCAAGGCCUUUAUAAGUUGUUGGAUGUAUGCCAUUUUAGUUUCUAAUUAUGUUUAAGGUUAA